CUUAAUCAAACAUUUCUAAUUCCCUUUUUGAAUCUUCCCGUUUCCCCUUUUCUUUAUAUCUUAGGGUUAUCUAUUAAAAUUAGUAAUUUUUUAUUCUUCUGUUACCAACAUUUGGCAUGGCUGUUCUGUCACUGAAUUCUCUACCCAUCGGAUUCCGGUUCCGACCAACCGACGAGGAAUUGAUCGAUUUUUAUCUACGCUCUAAGAUAAACGGGAAUAGAAACGAUGAAGUUGGGGUUAUUCGUGAAAUUGAUGUUUGUAAAUGUGAGCCCUGGGAUUUGCCUGAUUUGUCUGCUAUACAGAGUCGUGAUCCCGAGUGGUUUUUCUUCUGUCCACUCGACCGGAAGUAUCCAAACGGCAAUAGGCUCAAUAGGGCCACCGAGGCUGGUUACUGGAAGGCUACGGGUAAGGAUCGCAAGAUUAAGUCUGGGUCCAGCUUGAUCGGCAUGAAGAAAACUCUGGUCUUUUAUACCGGCCGGGCUCCAAGGGGAAAGCGAACUAAUUGGGUUAUGCACGAGUAUCGUACUACACUCAUUCAGCUUGACGGAACCAGGCCUGGACAGAAUCCAUUUGUAAUUUGUCGUCUAUUCAAGAAACAAGAUGAGAGCAUUGACGAUAUAAAUGGUGAAGAUAUAAAUGAAGUUGAUCAUGCUGCAUCUUCUCCUACUGAAGAAAUGCAGUCUGAGUUAGAAGGGUCUCAUGACUCACCUGCGAUGGAAGGGGUGGCCCGAAAAUUUCCUGAUAGCAAUGGAACUUGUCCUGGGGGCCUGCCAAAUGAAGUGAUUUCUACCACAGUUGCACCUAAAUUAGAGUGUGAUGGCUCUAAUGCUUAUGGUGUAUCGAGUCAAGGGGCAGAAAUAAAGCCUGCAGAGGUCGAUCCACUUGAAGAAGCUUUAAAUCAUUUUUAUGAUCCGGUGGUGGAGCCACCAGAUUUCAAACUCUUUUCUCCGUUGCACUCACAGAUUGAAGCUGAGGGGGCACCUUGGAUGUUCGGUCACGUUGGGAACAAUUUCAGUGAGACGGAGUUCGAGCAUGAUACAAAUGAAAAUGAGGCCUCUAUUUCUGACUUCUUGGAUUCUAUCCUAAACAAUUCUGAUGACUACUACAGUGUUGACUCUGGCAGUCAGAAAAAUUCAGCUAUUCAAAGUGAUAUCCCAAAAGCCUUGGCCACUGUUAUGGAUGGAAUAUCAUGCAGUAAAUCAGAUGCUGAAGUGGCCCAAAUAUUGCUUGGGACAGAAACAGCCACCGGAGCUCCUUUAGAGAUUAAAGCCACUGCACAAGAUUGCACAACUCCAACAAGCAAAGACGUUAGCUUUUCUGGCACUGGGCCAUUACAUAGUGUGUUAAACAGUAAAGAAGAAUCGACCAAUCAUGUGAAUGCAACUUGUAAUCUUGAUAAUGCUAUCACUGGAAUCAGGAUAAGGUCUCGUUCUGCUCGAAGUCAGCCAAACAUUGAGAACUCUGUGAUGCAGGGUUAUGCCCCAAGAAGAAUACGCCUGCAGUGUAAACUUCAAGUUGGCACUCCUUACCCACCUAAUGCAAUAAAUAACUUUAGUGAAGGAAAAGAUGAAGAUUCAAAGCCAGUUGUUUCCAAGGAAGUUAAAGUCAUGGAAGAGGAUAUAGCAACUCGUAGUGAUACUGCUGGUGGCACCAUCGACAAACACCUGGAAAUAUCCCUUUCUGAGUCGAGCGAAAAAUGUGUUUUGAAGUCUAAGACCAUUGUUUCAGUUUUUGAAGAGAUUCCAUCUUGUUGCACAAAAAAGUUUUCCGCAAGUCGCUGGCAUACGCCCUUUGGUGUUAUCUUUUGGUUAGCUGUGAUAUUCAUCUUGCUUGUAGUUUUCGUUAGCAAAAUGAAUCUUGUAGUUUGAUGACUCCAUAUUUCGUUGUGUAGUUGACAUGUUUCAUAGAAUCCUAUUUUUAAGAACCGU